CCCGCGGGAGGCGGGGUAGAGCCGUUGUCGGGAGGGUCCCGUCUGUGCUUUCGGGGCUGCCUGGCAGUAUGUGGUGCCAUAGGUUGACACAUCUAUUCUCCAGCACCCAGUGCCUGCUGAAUAGAGGCAGUGGACACCAAAUAUCAUGGCAGCCCUGUUACAGAAAGAGCUUCCCUGCUGUAUCCCGUUGGCACCAUAUGGCCCCAGCGUCUCUGAACUGUGCCUGGCAAUUACAUGGUGAUCAUUUAGAGCUCAGGUACGCAGAGACCCUGAUGCGCUUUGAUUAUGUGUGGCUGCGUGAUCACUGCCGCUCAGCAUCCUGCUACAACAGCAAGACCAACCAGCGCAGCUUAGACACAGCUAGUGUGGAUCUGUGCAUCAAACCAAAGACUAUCCGAGUGGAUGAGACCACGCUCUUUCUAACAUGGCCAGAUGGUCAUGUGACCAGGUAUGGGUUAGAGUGGCUGGUGAAGAACAGCUAUGAGGGUCAGAAGCAGCAGGUCAUGCAUCCUCGAAUUCUCUGGAAUGCUGAGAUCUAUCAGCAAGCCCAAGUGCCCUCCGUGGACUGCCAGAACUUCCUGGAGACAAAAGAGGGCCUGAAAGAAUUCCUGCAAAACUUCCUGCUGUAUGGCAUUGCUUUUGUAGAAAACGUCCCCCCGACCAAAGAGGACACGGAAAUCUUAGCAGAGAGGAUCAGCUUGAUCAGGGAGACCAUCUAUGGUAGAAUGUGGUAUUUCACCUCUGACUUCUCCCGGGGAGACACAGCAUACACAAAACUGGCUCUGGAUCGUCACACUGACACCACCUACUUCCAGGAGCCCUGUGGUAUCCAGGUGUUCCACUGCCUCAAGCACGAAGGGACAGGUGGCAGGACGCUGCUGGUGGAUGGCUUCUAUGCAGCAGAGCAGGUUCUCCAGCGAGCUCCUGAAGAAUUUGAGCUCCUCACCAAGGUGCCGCUGAAACAUGAGUACAUUGAGAAUGUUGUGGGCUGUCACAACCACAUGAUUGGGGUUGGGCCAAUUUUGAAUAUCUACCCCUGGAACAAUGAGCUCUAUUUGAUCAGGUACAAUAACUAUGACCGAGCUGUCAUCAACACAGUGCCUUAUGAUGUUGUGCAUCGCUGGUAUGCCGCGCAUCGCACACUCACCACAGAGCUACGGAGACCGGAAAACGAACUCUGGGUCAAACUGAAGCCAGGCAAGGCGCUGUUUGUGGAUAACUGGCGCAUCCUGCAUGGGCGGGAAUCGUUCACGGGAUACCGCCAGCUGUGCGGGUGCUACCUGACGAGAGAUGACAUGCUAAAUACUGCACGCUUCCUGGGGCUGCAAGCUUAACAUAGACUGUCAGCAGCAGAGAGGCAGCAAAACCUGUCAACUACAGUGCUCCUGGAACUUUGCGUCACCAGAACGAACACGUUUUAAAUACCUCAAACACCCCCAUCCCUGCCAAAUAGUUCUCGGUGCCUGGGGGAAUGGGCGGGAGUUAAGGGUCACCAGAGCUUUACCUGAUUGUCAGCUGUGGGGCAGAGGGGGAGACCUCUCUUGCUCCCACCCCCAUGGCCUUUCAGCACAGUCUGACUCAGCUUGAGAAGGAAGAAGCCAAGGAGCUGAGUUGCAGCUGGAAAUGCUCACAAACACCAGCUGAUGCAAAAUUCCAAUCAAGUGCCUUCUGGAUUUUA